UUCCUUUUAUUUCUAUGAAUUCCUCUCUGCGUAUCCAGAGUGAGCGUUCGUAUCAGCAAUCAGUUUCCAGGCUGUGAUAAAUAUUGGUAUUUUUAAACAUGAUAAUGACAGAGAUCGUUCUCUGCCUUUAAAAAUUUCUGCGAGGCGAUGCACUCACAUUGUGUGAUUUCAUUCUUGUUUCCUUUAUAAGAGUAUCUUAACUAAUGACAACUGUUAUUAGUUUUAUAAUUUUCAGGCGAUGAUCUGUGUUAAUCGUCAUUUCUAUUAAUCAGAAUUUACAGGAAAUGUCUUUUGAUAAGAUUUUCACUGUAUUAAUGUUAUCUUUCGAUAAUACAAUAGGCAGGUGUGUCGACGGAAGUAUAUUUUACCACAUUGUUACUUUCCCACCAAGACUUUCUGCAUGAAAUUUUAAUCCAAAAAUCAGUAAUUGUUAAAAGUAUAAAUAUAAAAUAUGUCGAAAACAGUGACGACCAGAGACAGAGACAAGACAGUUUCGUUAGAACGCCUUCAAUUAUCUGAAGCGGAUACAUAAGUACAAUUGUGACAGAAGCAAAUGUAAUUUGUAUUAAUGCCUUUGCCUUUAACGACACAGUGGCCGUUAGAAAUGGAGGAAUACUCAGUGAUGUCGGACGUGUCCGUGGUAGACGUUUAUGACAUUGCUUCGGAGAUAGGAAAAGAAUGUGAAAAACUUAUCGAUGUAUUCGGAGCAGACUCAGUGACCGGGCUUAUGCCUAAAGUGAUUAAUGCUCUAGAAUUGUUAGAAAAUCUUGCAACCAAAAAUGAAAGAGAGAACUCAAUGGUCCAGGAACUGAAAUCAAAAAUAUCUCAGCUGGAAAGCGAUAAGAUUGGCAAGGCGGAGGACAGACAGAGAUUCGAAAAGGAAUUGGAACAGAUCGAGGAGCACUGGAGGCAAGAGUCUCGGGAAUUACUAGGCCUGGUAACCCGACUCCAAGAGGAGAACCGACGUUUAGCAACGGCAUUACAUGAGUCCCGAAGUGACACUCAAGACAGCGGUAAACAAACAUAUACGACUAAUCAAGAAAUGGAUAUUGCUGUGUUACAACGUUUGAGAUCUGUGAUCGAUGAGCAAAGAGAACAGAUUCGAAAGAGAGAUAGGGAACUCUCGCAGAAAACUGGGGAAAUAGAAAACUUAUCAGGACAAGUUGAAAAGCUGACCGUUGUUGGUCGUGAAUUGAAGAGGAAGCAACGUCAGGCUCAGAUGCAAUCCCGAGGCUUGGUUGAAGAAAGAGCGGAUUUCUUGGCCCAGCUUCAAGACCAAAAUCGAGAACUGAUCAAUCUCCGAGCACGACUCGGGCUUGCUAGGAAGGAAAACGAGGAUUUGACUAAAUCCCAUGGAUGUCCUGACCUCACGAACAAAGCCAUCUACGAUCUGGACGACCCCGACAGACCCAGGUUCACCACAGCGGAGUUGAAGGAAAUCCUACACGAAAGGAACGAACUCAAGGCUAAGGUCUCCGAUCUAGAGGAUGAGUUGGAGUUUUAUCGACCAAAACCUGAGACGCCCGAAGACGAAAAAGAUGCACCAGUCCAAGGACCUUUGCCUUAUGAACCAGACGACGCCCCAUGGAAGAAAUCAUCCGAAUCUGGUAUUCGUAAAUUCUUCAGAAAAAUAUUCUCUGAAACGAGUGGCGGUCUUCUGGGAGGCAGCAGUCCUCGGCGAAGUCUUUCUAGUCUGUCAAAAAUGGCGCUGUCCGGAAACGGCACCAGUGAUACGUCGAUUUAAAACGAAAAAACAACUGAUUGUGCUACGCCCUGACCUUUCAAGCCAUAUCAAAAGUAUUGCACAAUUUUUCGUUGGAACCGAAGUCGAGACCACGCGAUUUUCAAAUACCGAGUUUGCUCAGAUACGAACUGAACCUAAAAUUCCGUUCUUCCGAAAAUCCUCCCUUUUCGUUUUAGGUCUUUUAGAGUGCUAGACGUUUUAACGAAUUGUGUACGGUUUUAGGUUAGGUUGAUGCGAUAAUACGUGGACUAGUCGAAAUUACUAGCACUCAAGGAGUAGGAAAUGUAGUGAAUGUUCGACCGAACACGUUAAGUGCACAUGAGGACGUAAUUAUUAUUGCACACUUUUAUAGAGACACUUUUUUUUAGACUUUCAUCGGAACCCAGACUCUUCCACUUACAUUUCGAGUAUUUCAAGAAGUACGUCAUUUCACAAGUUUUAUUAAUGCUCGUAAUUCUGCAUUUUUUUUAAACAAAGCAUUGCUUUUUAAUGGCAAGAAUUGACAAAACUUGUUCGAUUUAUUAGAUUUUUAGGAACGAAUAUCUCCAAGAGUUAUUUUACACGUUUCGAUGCACAUGCUUUAUACCAUGACGUCACGGUUUUAAAUCAUGUUAGGAGGCUUGUGAUUUUUAAGCUUUUCUUGGAGAUCCUCAGGUGAGUUGUUUCAAACCAAAAAGUAAGUAGCCAUAAUUACUGAUGGCAAAAUUCGACCGACACCAAAGUCAACCUCCUUGUGAUUUCUACGAUUCUUCUUUGCGUCACCAAAAGGUAUAUAUACAAUAUAUAUAUCGACUUUGUAUACCACGUUGUUUUGUUAGUUACCAGUCGUUGCGAGUGCAUGUUAAGUAUUAUUAUGAAAAGAUUUUGAAAGAUCUAUUUAUUUAUUUCAAGAGAAAAGAAUGACUAUUGAGAUUUUAAUGAAAUUAUGUAUAUUAUUGGAUUGUAAAAAAAAUUGGGGCAUUGCGGCAUGAAUAAGCAUUGGUGCUUUUAUCCAAGAUCUAUGGACCGUGUUUUAAACAAUUCCUGUUGAAGAAAUUCAAUCGAAAGAUAUUAACAGAAGUUGGGAAAAAAGGCAACAUAUAAUUCUAAUAGGAUUCAAUUAAAAUUGGCUAUUACCAUAGCCUUGUUUAAUUACGUACGUUUCCAUUUUUACUGAACUGUAAUACUUUAAUUAUCUAACAUUUUAAAGAAGAUACUUUAAGUCGUACUCAUUCGAAGUAAUAAUAGAUGCAUCUUUUUAAUAACGUAUUACUUCUGUACGAAGUCCAGGUGAAUGCAUUGUACAGUCGAAGAGUUAGCAUUAUUUUUAAGUAUUCUGCACAUGCAAUUGUCCAACAUGAACAAUGAGAAAUGUUUUCAUGCCAAAAAAGGAUGUGAUUACAAGUCAGAUAUAUGUCUAAGCCGAAACUAAGUCGUUAAUCCGCUUUACUCUAUAUGAUUAUUGUUAAUGAUAAUGUACGGAUAACUUUAGAACGAGGGAUUGUAAGGAAUCAUCGAAAUGUUAUAACAAAUAAUUGUUCUUAAUUGUUGCAGCGUCAUUGUCAUAAAAAUAUCGAUUUUACAAAACAUACAGAAAUUAUAUAACCCUUUUCAUGCACACCAUUGGAUCUUAUCUUUUUCCUUGUUUCUUUUAUCCUCUCAUCGACAAAAAAUAUUAGAGUCCACACAAUGUAAAUAGAGGAUGUUGGCAAAAAAUUAUUAUACCGUAUUCAACUCGAUUAUCUUAACAUCGUUUAUAAAGAAACCUUUUGUUCAUCCUCUCAACUUCUCAGAGAGCUUCAACCUCUGCACUAUAAUUCUGUAUUUUCUCCUCGUCUUGCAUAGACAAAUUAACAUCGCAAAAUGAAAAACCUUCAAGAAUCGAUUCAUCUUCCAUAGAUUUACACAUCUUGAAUUCUUUUGUGAAUUUACUUAAAUUCAUGUCAGAUUUAUUGCCUGAAUCACAUUCCAUAAUUGGCUGUUCUAUGAUAGUCAUUCAUUUCCCAAGAAUUCCAAAGUCUUCGUUUGACUGGAACUUUACGAUCCUUAAUUAAGAGUAUUCUUAGGUGGUAUUUAACAUUACAAUAAAAUAGCCAAGAAUUAGAACCGAGAACAUUAUACAAUAUACUCGAAAAUUAGAGCAUUUAUAAUAAACGCAAAUAUCA